AAUUUGGCUAGCAGUCACUAUGUGUCUUCAGUCAACGGUAUCAAGAAAUUCGCUUUCUUCUUAACACGCGAAGUAAAUAGCAUGAGAACAUCUUUGUCCUCUAUUGCUAGACGUGGCAGACCAACUCAAACGGACUGGUCUCUGCAAGAGACUGUGGUUGCUUAUUUGAGCGACCGAGGGCCGAGAUUACCCAAGCAUGGAUUUGAUUAUUUGGUGAGAGCGCACCCAAGGAGCGCAGAGCACAAGUAUAACGCUGUACGGUCACAUGGUGUUAAACAAGCAACAAUACCAUCAAUUGAGUGUAUUCUCAUUUGCGUAGGUGAGAAAAUACGUGUUUUUCUAUCUAAAUUGUUCACAUCGUCAAGUAUAUACAGUUGUUUUGUCUGAAUAUAUUAUUUGAAUAAAGAUUUAACAGACGAGAGCUUUUCUCUUAAUUUAUUGAUAAAAAAUAACUCUGUGUAUAAAGUCCAAUAUACGAAACAGCCUGCGGUGCUUCUAUUCUAUUGAAAUCUCACUUAUGUGCCGGUACUGUAUGAAAAAGAUAGGACCAUUUUUUUUAUUGAAUUUUCCUGAAGAAACUACAGGUCACAACAUUAUAUGGACUGUCGUAUGAGCAAAACGAAUGUAGAUUCGGUAAUAAAAUGGGGAGUAAGGAGGAUAUAUUUGGAAAAAAGCGGCAUUUGAAUGAAAUGUCAAACGCUGAAUUACCAAAGGCGUUUACUUCGUCAAAUCGUAAUCAUUGGCAAAAAAGAUCAAGAAGCGAUAAAGCCUUUGAACCGCUAGUCGAAAGUUUGUUUAAAAAACAAUUCUUAAUUGAAAACGAUAACUUCAUUAUCCCUAAACCAGAAACAAUGUUUACCGAUAAUCCAUGGGAUAUAAAUAGGCUACAAAUAUUGAAAAGGGAGCUAAACGAUAUAAAAAACAAGUUAAACGAUUAUGACAUCGCCACGUGGCAUCAGCACACAAGCCGAAGAAACAGAGCUGGAGAUGUGCAGUGGCGUCUCCGUAAUGAAAUAGAUCCGGAAUUCCUGACUCAGGCAUGGUGUAAAUUCUAUGAAAAUGUAUCUUGUUUCCCAUUGGUACCAAACACUGCUGUAAAGGCUGAGAAACUUUUGUCAGUUCACCUGUGUGAGGCACCUGGUGCUUUCAUUACAUCUCUAAAUCACUGGUUAAGGUUGAAUGCACCUAAUGUACAAUGGGACUGGACUGCUAUGACAUUAAAUCCAUAUUAUGAAGGGAACCCUCUUUCUUGUAUGAUAAAUGACGAUAGAUUUAUCAUAUCCUCCUUGAAUCAUUGGUGCUUCGGCAGUGACUAUACUGGGAAUCUGAUGAAUCUAAAAAACAUGAUGAAUCUGGUUGAAAAGUGUCAAGAAAAAGGAGAUGUAUUAUUGGUUACAGCUGAUGGCAGUAUAGAUUGUACUAAUGAUCCUGGAGAGCAAGAAUCAACCGUUGCACCGUUGCAUUAUUGCGAAGCAGUCACGGGCCUUUUGCUACUAUCCGAGCACGGAAGUCUACUCCUGAAAAUGUUUACAAUAUUUGAACAUGAUUCAUUGUGCUUAGUUUACCUUAUUUCCUGUUUGUUCCAUCAAGUAUUUAUAAACAAGCCUGUAACCAGCAAAGAGGGAAAUUCUGAAAUAUAUUUGGUAUGCUUGGAUUAUCGAGGACCAAGCUAUAUUGCUCCUUAUUUGAACAUAUUGAAAAAAUAUUAUGAGAAACGUCCAGAUAAAUCAAUGUUCCGUAAAGAGGAUAUACCAGAUGAAUUUUUCCAACAAAUGAUCUCAUGCGGCGAGUUCUUCAAAGCUUAUCAGAGUGAAGUGAUAUUAAAGAAUAUAGAAGCCUAUCAUUGCGGCGAGGAUAAUGGACAGUUAGAUUUUGAAACUAAAAAAAUUAAACGCCUUGUUGCAAAUAAAUUCAUAUCAAAAACUGGAAAACUGGAAAAUGAAAGUUUAGAAGUAGUUGGAAAAACUAAACUGACACACAUCCAUUCCAUCAAUUUGGAUCCAAGAAUACCAGAUGGCUCAUACAAUAGACGGCGAGUAAUGGAAAAUCUAGAGCCAGAAUGCCUUCUCUUAUCGCUAUGUCAAAAUCUAAUUCCAAUUCAAGUUCGAGAAAUGACACGGUGGUUUACAUUCACAGGACCUUUGGAUGCAUUGCAAAUCUGCUGUGGAAAAUUGUUUCUGAAAGUGCAGAGUUCUAAAUUCUGUACAGGAAAGUUUUUGAAAAUUCGUAACAGAGUUUUUGAACUAUCGGAAAAACUUGGUAUUGAUCAUCCCUGCAGUCAAGUAGAAUCCAUUCGAAACUUUGUAAAUGUGUUAGAAAGUGAUACGAAGAAUUAUAAGUAUUUGGGUUUUGAACCAUCAAUUACACAAAACAAUAACAAUAGUUUAAGCAAGAUAAAUAAAGAACUGGAGAACAUACUAGAAGGGGACAGUCUGGUUUUGAUUGGCUAUUCUUUGUUAACUCAGUUGAAUGUAGGAAUUCUAUACAUAUUGGCCCACACAUUUAAAUCACUCGGUGUGAUAUUGGAUGAAAAAUUUGGCUGCAUAAUUAUAUUGAAGCAUAAUUUACACACUAAAAGUAUAUUGGAGUGUUUUCAAGAAGUUCUUAACGCUACGAUUAAAGCUGAAGCCUCUGGUGAAUCUGUACUAUCAGUUUUACCUGUCACAAAACUUUGUGAAAGCGAUCUUUAUCCCAACAUCGUUGACGCUAAUCAUUGGACCAUCGCGCACUGUGUGAAAGGAAUUGGUGAAUGUGUGCAAAAAAAGUUAUCAAGUAAUACAUCACAUUAACAUAAUACAAUACAUGUGAUUAUCUUUUACUUAUUUCUCAAAAAUGAAUGACUAAAAUCAGAGUCUUUCAAAGUUUCACCAUAACAUGGAAGUUUUGAAUAAAAUUAUACAUGGUUGUCCUGAUCCUUUCAGCACAAAUGGGAAUUACUGGACACAAUUAAAUAAACUUCGAAAUAUUUGUACAGAGCAAUGUAAUAUUUUAUGCAAGAAUUUUGUGACUCAUCCAAACUGGAUACGUUGAUGCGAUUUAUGAAUUAUAUACUUAUCUGACGAAUAAAUAGUAUAAAUGAGACAUUGAGAAUAUAUUCUUUAACAUACCUUGUAGGUCUCUAAGUUUCCAUAUCGAUAGAUAAGUAUGCUAUACAUACUUAUGUUUUAUUCAUCGCACAUUGACCUAAAUGCCCGUAUUUGAAGUUACUUUUACGUGGUAUACUCUACCGGUGAUGCCCAAGAUAAAAUCAAAAGCUCUUUCUGUAGCAAAGCAGUUAAUAUACCUAGUUUUCUUGAAAUAGUUGCGUAAUACUUCAAAGUUCUUCAGCUACUCAUUCUAACUGCUCUAGAUUAGACCGAGUGUUUCUAAGUGUAGUGAAGGUGGCGUAUUAUCAAUUAA